CCAAGAUUUAUAGUUGCCGACCUAUUCAUCACUCCGACUCCUGCUACAGAUACACAUUCAUCUUAUUGUCGAACUUACGACCUUCCAGCGCGCUGCAACCUGGCCGACCCCGCUGACGUCAUUUUUGAGCGCGGCGGCUAGAAGACCUUUUGUCUCGCCUUUCCAGAGCCUCUUUUCCAACCUCACUCGACCACAGGCAACCCUUUACCACCAUGGCAGAGCAAGCUGCAGCGGCGCAAGGAGCACCCGCUUCGAUUCCGCGCUACUUUCGGAACGACACGCAGCUGUCGCGAAGAGACCCUCACAAGCAACUCCUCGCAUCUCUCAACCGGCUCAUUACCGAAUACCCUCCUCAUCACAUUCCACCUGGCGGAGGCCUGUACUAUGGACCAAUUUCAGUGGCCUAUCUUUUCUACGCACUCCACAGAAUAUACCCGGAUUUGCUGCUCGACGACUAUCCCAUGAACACGUGGUCCGCAGCCUACAUUGAGCAGGCCCAAGCCCACAUGAAGCAAUACAAAGGGCCUUCCCCAAGCAAAUGCGGUGUGAGCGACGAUAUUAUGUCCCUCCUCGCCCUGUACGCUGUGACCGCCAAAGAUCCAGACACGGUCAAGGAGCUCUGCGAUUUUGCCGCGGAGACCCUUGACCCGGAGGCGUCCAACGAGUGGCUCUAUGGACGCGCAGGCUAUCUGUACCUCCUGCGCCUGGUUAGGGGCGCUUUCGCGGACAACAAAGAUGUCACGGAGCUCAUCGAAGACACCGCCGACGAGGUGAUUGACAAUAUCAUGGCCAGCCCCCGCCCUUGGAAAUGGCACGGCAAGGCAUACGUUGGAGCGGUCCAUGGUGCCAUUGGAAUCAUUACUCAAAUAGUCCUCACCGACCCCUCCUCGGCACCAAAGCUCGAGGCUGAGCUGGGCGCGCUCCUCAGCUAUCAAUAUGAGAGCGGCAACUUCCCGUCGUCACUCCCACCGGGACGCGACCGUCUCGUUCAUUUCUGUCACGGCGCACCCGGGGUCGUGUCCUCGCUGAUUUCAAUCAAGAGGUACUUCCCGGGGCUUGAGGAUCGUAUCGACCGGGUAAUCUCAAAGGCUAGGGAGUGCAUAUGGGAAAGGGGACUACUAACGAAAGAGCCGUGCCUAUGCCACGGCAUCAGCGGCAAUGCUCUGGCGCUGGAAGGCGAGCAAUUCGAGCAUUUCCUCACCUAUACUACGGGCCAUGAGAUCAAGUCAAUGGCAAGAGACGGCAUGUUGGAAAAGUCGGAUGACCCUUCGGCUCUGUGGUGCGGCGAGGCUGGUCGCGCUUGGGCUUGGGCAGUCGCUGACAAGGGAAUGCAAAAGAGGUUCCUGGGCUACAACGAUAUCUGAUUGCGGUGAAGAGGUGGUACUGUGGAUUCUCGACGGUCGAAUCUCACGAGCUACACGAUGUCACGAAUCACGACCUAAGCGUCGGUCGCCGUAUUAACGAGGCUUAGCGGACGCCCGGAUGCACGAAACGGUUAACUGCGGCUAGCUUCCCGAUGGCAAGUUACCCUUAUAUAACUCCCGUUUCUCA